GAUGAGGAAGCUAAAGUGAUCCUGCAGCUCAAGUCAUGGGACUGAGUGGUGGGAAAUAGACAAGGAAGCAUACCUGGCAAAACAGACGGUAUUGUAUGGUGUCUAGCAAAGUCAUAAGAAGAGAAUUACAUUGCACUGAGAUGUCUGAUGGUCAACUUUCGGAUUACGGCUUUUGCGGAUUCUGUUGCUAACUCUACAUUAUUUGGACUAACAACAAUUGAGAAACAGUGGGCUUGAGUUUAUUGAAAUCUCAACUCAAACAAAGUUGCCAAAAUGUUUCAUGAAGAUGACAAUGCAGGAGUGGCUGGUUCUCAAGCUGGCAGAAAUGGACAGAAAAUUGGAAGGAAGACUUCCCGUUUGCAUUCAGCAUCAGAAUCAUUUGAUGAAGAUUGUAACUCUCUGUUGUACAAAAGUCGGAGUAAUAGUGAAAGAUCUAUGACACUGAGCUACUCCAGUUCAUGUCAUCAUGAAGAACGGAAUUUAAUGUCACCAAGGCAUGAAAGGCCAAAUUUUGGUCCAAAAUUGCCUGUCACAUUGUGCAUACUGUUCACUGAGUUAUGUGAAAGGCUGGUUUACUAUGGAGUGUCAGGAAAUCUGUUGGUAUUUCUUACAAAUAAUAUGUCUCUGGAUUCUGCCUUGGCAUCCUCCAUUGUUCUUAUUUUUACAGGAGUCAGCUUUGUUGUCCCUUUAUUUGGUGGAUGGGUUGCUGACUCUAUUGCAGGAAAAUACAAUGCAUUAUUUGGGAGUAUUAUGAUUUACCUUGUUGGCACAUCUCUUCUUCCUGCAAUUGCAUUCGAUUAUGAAGGAUCAUCUGGUGGAAAGUAUGCAUUUAAUCAAACAGCAAAGUGGGUCUUUUUUGCUAUAUCUCUGCUGUUCAUUUCAAUUGGAACUGGUGGUAUUAAAGCAAAUGUCUCUCCCUUUGGUGCAGAGCAAGUGCAGAGCUUAGGCCCAGGUGCCAUCACUACAUUUUUCAAUUGGUUCUACUGGUUCAUAAAUGUGGGAUCAUUUAUUGCCUAUACAGCUAUAGUCUAUAUUCAAACACAAUAUGGCUUCUUCAAAGGAUAUGUCAUCUUGGCAGCUGGCAUAACUGUUGCUGCAAUCAUUUUGGUUUCAGGACGUCAUAAAUACAUAUGCAAGCCACCAAAUGGAAGCAUUAUUACGGAUAUCUGUAAAAUAAUGCACAAGGCCACUACGAGAAAGUUCAGGCUUAGCCGUAGCGAGGAUGGAAAACGAGUCACUGGUAUGGCGUGGCUUGACUAUGCAAGAAUACGGUAUGGGGGACCAUAUUAUAACGGACAGGUCGACACUGUGCUGGCGUUAUUCAGAAUCAUUCCAAUCUUUAUUUGUAUGAUCCUCUACUGGACUAUUUACUUCCAGAUGCAGACAUCAUUCCUGCUACAAGGUCUUGGGAUGAACCUCAAUGUCACAGAUGAUUUCAUAAUUCCUCCAGCCUCGUUGAGCCUUUUCGACAUAGUCAUCAUCCUCGCUCUCAUUCCAUUGAUGGAUAGAGUUAUCUACCCACUCUUUGCCAAGCUCAAAAUACGAAUGACAUCCCUUCGAAGAAUGGGUAUUGGGAUGAUCUUUGCUAUACUUUCUGUCAUUGUGGCUGCACAGAUCGAGGUGUACCGUCGAGAUAAAUCUGGGCCAAGAAUUCGCAAAGAAAUAUCUGGUAAAUGGUAUAACCAGUCACACAUUACUGUUUUUUAUCAAGUGCCACAAUUUGUUCUAAUUGGAAUCAGUGAAGUUUUUACAAGUAUUUCAGGCCUCGAAUUCGCAUAUUCGCAGUCUCCAAGAGUGCUACAAGGUGUUGUCAUGGGCCUUUUUCUUGCAACGUCGGGUAUCGGCUCAUUUCUUGGUAGUGCCUUGGUUCAGAUUGUCAACGCCGUGAGUUUUAAAGUUUCGAGCAAAAAAUGGUACGAUGGAAAGAAUAUUGAUGACGGAAAGUUGGAUUUUUUCUUUUAUUUACUUGCUGGGCUUCUCAGCGUGAACUUCCUCGUGUUUUGCGUGAUUUCCUUGCGGUACACGUAUACACCGCAAAGAGAUCUUGAACAGAACGAAGAUGACUGGUCAGUGAAAAGUGACGAACGGUUUACAAAAAGUGUUGGUGAAGACACUCCUGACGACUUUCCUGCAAGAUAGUUGCCAGUCUCGAUGUUAAGAAAUUAGAUAAUAUCCAUUGAGCAGCUAAUGAAAAACGCCAUAUUGGAACACAUGUUACAUUGGGUCUAGAUUGGAAUUAUGCGAGGCUAUACCUCAGAAAUCAGAAGCCUUUUUCUCAAGGCAUUAAUUUUUCACGUAGGUAUCUAGGCCAAAUGGCCUCUAACCUUAUUGCAACAGCAACAUAACAUUAGUUGUAAUUACAGCUACAACAAUUUGUUACCUCUAAAUAUCAACAUAUAAGCUCAAAUCUUUUUGGUUUCACUCUUUCGUCUGACACUCCUCAAAGCGCCAGAAUCAGAUUGUAAAAGAUCAAGCUGUGGAUCGAAACAGACCAAUCAAAAUAACGCUAACACGUGAUUUUCUGAUUGGCCUUUAGAUGUAUCUCGAUCCAAUACUUGGUAUAUAUUUUUCCAGCUUGAUUUUUUAUACCCGGAUUCUGACGUUUUAUGUGAGGAGUGGCAGACGAAUACGUGUUAAAUAUGUUGUAAAAUGUUUGCUUUUUCAAAGCCAUUUUCAAAAUUUGUACCGCGAAAAAUUGUGAACAUGCUGUAAGAAAACACAGUUCUCAAUGCAAAACAGAGAUGUUGAAUACUAGCAAAUAAAAUAGAAUAAACGUUUUAGGUUGAA